AUCAUAUUGAAACUUCAAAACACACGUGAUUACCAUUAUUGCAAAUUUGCAAAUAAAGCAGGAUAAUAAUACGCAGAAAUGCUGUAAGAAUUAACUAUUAACGACUAAGUAUUAAGUAUUUUUUCCUUAAGUACCUAUUGCAAAAGUUUUGAUAAAAAAAUGUCUCGUUUAAUCGUAAAAAAUUUACCAAAAGCCAUAACUGAUGACAAAUUAAGGGAAAUUUUCAGUGAAAAAGGAGUUAUUACUGAUGUCCAACUUAAAUAUACAAAAGCUGGUAAAUUUCGUCAUUUUGCCUUUGUGGGUUUUCAAAACGAAGAAGAAGCUAAAGCAGCUUUAGAUUAUUUUGACAAUACCUUUCUCCAUUCUUUACGUAUAAAGGUAGAGAAAUGUACCGAAUUAGGUGACGAUAAUAAGCCCAGAUCAUGGAGUAAAUAUGCGCCUGAUAGUACUGCCUAUAAAAUAGAGCACAGUUCUCCUAAAUCGGAAGAAGUUAUAAUCCAAACAGAACCCAAGACUAAAAAAAAAAAUAAACUCAAAUCUGAAGUAGAAGAAAAAUUAAAACAGCACUUAAGUGAUCCUAUGUUUACUGAAUUCUUGGAAGCUCACGGACAAGAAAAAAUUCUUAAGGAUCUAAACAAUGAAGAUAAAACUGAAGAGUCAUCCACUCAAAAAGAAAUAGAUGAAGAGCCUACAAACAAAAUUGCAAAUGCCAAUAUAUCUGACUUUGAAUAUUUGAAAAUAAAAAGUGGUAAGAAAUCUGAGGCAGAGAUUUUGAAUAAUCCAGGAAUUAAAACAGAAUAUCAUACAAUUGUAAUUCGUGGUUUACCAUAUAAAGUAAAAAAGGCCAUGUUAAAAGAAUUUUUCAAGCCACUGAAAUUAGAUUCUAUACGUUUACCACCAAAAAUCAAAGGCGUGGCUUAUAUUGGUUUCAAAAAUAAAUGUGAUGCUGAACAAUGUCUCAUUAAAAAUAAGAGUUUCUUAAAUGGAAAACGAAUACUAUUAUACCCAAUGAAAAAUGAAACUGAUGAUCUAGAAGAAAACAAUAACCUUAAUAAAAGAAAUCCCGAUUGGCAGAAACAAACUGAUAGUUUGAUACAUGAAGAAAGUAUUGCAGAAUCUGGUCGUAUAUUUAUUCGAAAUUUACCAUUCAUUACUACAGAGGAAGAAUUACAAACAGUGUUUGAAAAAUAUGGUCCUGUAACUGAAGUAAUAAUUCCUAUUGAUAAAAUAUCUCGUCAAGUCAAAGGUUAUGGUUUAAUUACAUAUCUUAUGCCUGAACAUGCUGUAAAAGCAUAUACUGAAUUGGACGGUACAAUAUUUCAUGGGCGAAUGAUGCAUUUAUUACCCGGAAAGGCCAAAAUUAAUCUAGAAAAUGAAACGACUGACGAAGGUAGUUCAUUCAAAAAGAAAAAAAUGGCAAAACUUAAAUCUGAAGCAGGGUUAUCUCACAACUGGAACAGUCUAUUUUUAGGCCAAAACGCUGUUGCUGACAUUAUUGCUAAGACUUAUAACACGACUAAAGAAAAUGUGCUUACUGGUGAUAAUGCUGCUGUCAGAUUAGCUCUAGGUGAAUCACAAAUUGUUUCAGAUACAAAAAUUUACCUAGAAAAUCAUGGUGUUAAACUAGAUAUAUUCAAUCAAACUGUAAUAAAUCGAAGCAAAAAUGUUAUAUUGGUUAAAAAUUUGCCUGCUGACACAACUGAACUUGAGUUGAAAGACAUUUUCUCCAAGUACGGCUUAGUAAACAGAGUAGUAUUACCACCUAGUGGGGUCACUGGAUUAAUAGAAUUUGUACAAAACUCAGAAGCAAAAACAGCAUUUCGUCAACUUGCUUAUUCUAAAUUCAAACAUCUACCACUUUAUUUAGAGUGGGCUCCAGAUAAAGUGUUCACUGAUGUUCCUCAGAACAUUCAUGAAACCUUUCCAAAUUAUACCAAUAAAAAUACUGAAGAUGAUAUUGAUGAGCCUGAGUCUGAUACCACAUUGUUUAUUAAAAACAUAAAUUUCAAUACUACAGAAGAACAUAUCACAAAACAUUUUGAACCUUGUGGGAAAAUUGCGAAUGUUACUGUUGCUCGAAAAAAAGACCCUAAUCUUCCAGGACAAUUUCUGUCAAUGGGUUAUGGUUUCAUUCAAUUUUACCGACAGAAAUCAGUCAAUGAAGCAUUGAAAACCAAACAAUUGUCAAUGUUAGAUGAUCAUUCCAUUGAACUUAAACGUUCAAAUAGAACAUUACAAAAUGCAGCAGUUGCAGAACGAAAACAAGGUAAAUCAUAUGAAGAAAGCACCAAAAUACUUGUACGUAAUAUACCAUUCCAAGCGAGUAUUCAAGAAGUUAUUGAAUUGUUUAAAACUUUUGGAGAACUUAAAGGUUUGAGAAUGCCAAAGAAAAUGGUGGGAACUGGCACUCAUAGAGGAUUUGCAUUUGUUGAAUACAAUUCUAAGACCGAAGCAAAAGCAGCUAUGGAGUCCAUGUGCCAAAGCACUCAUUUGUAUGGUAGGCGAUUGGUGCUUGAAUGGGCACAAGCUGGUGAAAAUCUUGAUGAAAUGCGUAAAAGAACUGCAGAUCAAUAUCAGUUACCUGGAGGACCAAAAAAACACUGUAAGGGUGUUUCUGAUAUACAAAUUGAUGAAGAAGAAAUUAAAGAAUAAAAAUCACAAAAAAAAAUAAUUUUAUAUUAAUUUUAUUAGAGUAAAUAAAUGACAAGUGACAAUUGUUUUAAAUGUAAUAUUAAUUUAUAUUAUUUUCACCUCAAACACACAUAUGUCAAUAUUUUAUUAUAUAAAUUAUAAUUUAACUACUGAUUAGUUGAAUAAUAAAUUAUUAUCAUCCAUUAUAUUUGAGAUUCUGAGCAGAACGAUAAAUACAUUGAUUUUACAAUGUGUUUUUUGUUUUGUUAUGUAUAUUGUAUACAACAUAAAAAAAAAAAAAAAAUUGAUACAUUCAACUUCAAUAUUUUUUUAGAUGAAAAGUUAAAUUUAUAGUUGAUCCUUUUGAGAGGUUAAAAUUGAAAUUAUACCACUCUGCUAUACAUUAGGUUUUAUGUAGAAUGUAAGAUCACUGUGUAAUGGCUGUGUUAAAUUUGAAUUCAAUGAUAUUGAUAUAUACAUCAUUUAUACGAUUAUAAAUUACUAAAAAGUAACUAAAAUCAUUAUUCCCUGUUUAAAUAUCUAAUUUUGUCCAAAUUUGAAGUUAAAAUAUCUAUUAAACAAAACUGUGUUUAUAUAAUUUUCUAGAUGGAUAUGUACAUGUCAUACCUUCAAAAAUAUUACUUUCUAUAGUUGCUGUAAUAAGUGAUUUUACUCUAAAGAUUGUUCAAAACAUAAAUAAAUAAUUUUUCUUGCAUGCAUUUUGUUAAUGAGCGUAGGCCAGAUAGCAAACACAAACAACAAAUUUAAAUAAUUAGAGAGGAACAACAUUAAAGUGAAUUUCCCGUCAAUCGGGUUGCCUAUAUUACA